AUGGAUGAGAUUAUCACCCGCUGGGCAACUGAUCUAUCCAAAUAUCAAAAGGAGUUCAAGGACCAGGCGGCAAAGGUGGCCGAUUGGGACCGCAUGCUCGUGGAGAACGGCGAGAGGAUUCAGAAACUCUAUCUCAAUACAUAUGAAGCUGAAAAGAUCAGCCACGAGAUUGAGCGCCAGCUUUCCAACGUCGAAAGCCAACAGGAUGAACUCACCGCCUGGCUAGAACGCUACGAGCAGGACUUGACCGAGCUUUCCACGAAGCAAAUGGGCUCGAAUGAGCAGGUUUCCGGACCGGACCAGGAGCGCGAACGCACCUACAAGCUUGCUGAAAAGCUCACGGACCGGCUCGAUGAUAUGGGCAAAGACCUGACCAAGAUGAUCAAGGAAAUCAACGAUAUGUCCAGUACAGUGAGCAAAGGCAACAAGCCUGAUGAUGCACUGGGCCAAAUUGUCCGCGUUCUAAACGGACACCUUACCCAGCUUCAGUGGAUUGACUCCAAUGCCUCGGCUCUACAGAUCAAGGUGGCCGCUGCUCAAAAGGCAAGCGGCAACAUGGGCGCCAGUGUUGGUGGACGCGAGACAGACGCGGUAGAGGGCUUCUAUCGAUCGUAUAGAGGCGGUGGUUACAAGUAA